AUGGCUUCAGAGCUUGAGGCACCGGCCAAAGAGGUCCCUUCUGUUGUGGAUCCUAAUGUUCCGGCUUCUCAUCCGUCAAAACAGACAGUCGACCCGUGGAAUGUGGCUGGUGAGGUUGGUGAGGAUGGAAAAGUCAAGGCUAUCGACUAUAAGAAGUUAGUGGAGGAGUUCGGCACCAAGUUGAUCGACAAGGAGAUACUGGAAAGAUUCGAAAGAGUUACCGGGCAUAAGCCUCAUCGCUUUUUGCGACGCCAAAUCGUCUUUAGCGAACGCGACCUCAGUAUAAUACUAGAUCGUUACGAGAAGGGUGAACCUUUCUUCUUAUACACUGGUCGUGGUCCUAGUAGCGACAGUAUGCACAUCGGACAUACACAGAUCUUCGACUUUUGCAAGUGGUUACAGGAUGUAUUUGAUGUGCCCCUAGUUAUCAUGCUUACGGAUGACGAAAAGUUCCUCUUCUCAGAAAAGAGAACAGUUGAGGAAGUUAUUGGUUACUCGCGAACCAAUUGUCAGGAUAUCAUCGCCAUAGGCUUUGACCCUAACAAGACCUUUAUUUUCUCCGACUACGAAUUCAUGGGAGGAGCUUUUUAUAGAAAUGUCACUCGAUUCGCCAAACUAGUUACCUAUAACCAAGCAAAGGCCACGUUUGGUUUCGACGAAAGCUCAAAUAUUGGGAAGAUUCACUUCACCAGUAUACAGGGUGCUACUGCAUUCGCGACUACUUUCCCACACAUAUUCGGCGAUGAUGAAAAGAAGGUUGCGAGUAUCCCAUGUCUCAUUCCCUGCGCUAUCGACCAAGACCCCUAUUUCCGGUUGACUAGAGACUGCGCUGCUAGGCUAAAGUACGCCAAGCCUUCUUUAAUUCAUUCCCGUUUCCUCGACGCCCUACAGGGUCCGGGCUCGAAAAUGUCUGCCAGCAUUGAUUCUUCCGCCAUCUUCAUGAAGGAUACUCCUAAACAAAUCAAGGAUAAGAUCAACAAAUAUGCUUUCUCCGGUGGCCAAGUUAGCGCGGAAGAGCAAAGGGAGAAGGGUGGAAAUCCUGAUAUAGAUGUUUCAUACCAGUAUCUGCAGUUUUUCAUGGAUGAUGAUGAAGAACUGGCAAAGAUCAGACAGGAUUAUAGGGAAGGCAAGCUACUUACCGGAGAACUCAAAGCAAUAUGCAUCAAGUAUCUCCAGGAUUACGUCGCCGCAUUUCAAGAAAGGAGAGCGAAGGCGACGGAAGAGACUGUCAAGUUAUUCAUGUCUGUGCGGCCAUUGAAGUGGGGAGGUAAUCCCAGAGCGCAGAGAACUGUCCCAGUUGUAGAAGCGGCAGAGGCAAAACCCGAAGGUCAGGAUGGAGAGGGUAAGCUCACGAAAAACCAACUGAAGAAGUUAGAAAAGGAGAAACAGAUAGCUGCGAAGAAGGCCGCCAAGGCCGCAGAAAAGGAGGCUGUAAAGGCCUCCUCGUGA